CUCAACUUUCAUGCCACUUUCAGUGAUGCUUAUUCUUUCUUCUACUCGUCAAGUGUUAUUUUAAAUUUACGACCAUAAAACGUCAUGGUAGCGUUAUCUGUCGUCGUCAGUCAAGUCGUCUUCGUAAUAUCGCCCAGAAAGAAAAAGCGUGCAAUUGUGCAUCAAAUCAGUCAUAUAAUUUAUCCUUGAGGUUAUUGACAGCGGCCCAUAAAUACAAGUUAUCCUAAUUUGUAAAAUGUUUGCCUACAGAAUACUGAGAUGUAUUCAAUUUUGGUAAAUGAUAAAAGGAUUAUAAUUUCCUAAACAAUUGAACGAAUUCUUCGAUUCAUCAACCUGGAAAGUUGUGCGUGAUUCAAGACACAGAAGAGAAGAAUAUCUUAAGAAUUUUGACAAAAGUUUAUGACCGUUUUCUGGUCAUAAACAAACAAGUGUAGUGCUUCAAGAUGGACCUGCCGGAUUGUCCUCCGGGUGCAGAAGGGUAUCAGGAUUCCGUCACAGAAGUACCCAAGAAACCUGAGUUAGAAGAGUCACCUUGUACUAAGGCGGAGCUCGAGUUUCAAGAGCACCUGAACAGUUUGAAGAUCAAGCUUGAAGAUGGCGUUACGCGAUGCAUGGUGGAGAGGCGCGGGCGCGACAUCUCGGGGAAGUGGAUCUACUUGUGUUACCCCUGUGCCGCCGUCUGCAGUGGAGAGAGCAUACUGCAGACCCACAUAUCGGGGAAGAAACACAAGACCAAGUUGACGAUGCGAACUGUUUGGCCAAUGAGCAUCUUUGAUGAUCAUCCCUUCAACCAGCAUAGCAACAAGACUUCAACUACAUCGGAGAAAGUGCUUCAAAAAAUGGCGCAGGAAGUCGACCUUCACAAUAAGAACCCUUCGGAUCUGGACCUCAAGUAUGACAAGUAUAGGAAUGUGACCUGUCACAUCCAGGACUCCCUCGACGGCGUUAAGGCUCCACUGCUUGGCAUCGAGUACCUGAUCGAGCACCCGCCCGAGCAGGCGCACUACGAGCCCUCGUACAUGUGCACGCUGUGCUCCAAGCAGGGCCAUCCGCGCACCAUCAUCAACCAUCUCACCUGCUUCUGGCACCGGUACAACUAUCUCUUGCGUCAUUUCGCGACAGCGUGCAGCAUGCUGACUCCUUACCGCGCUCAGCACAAGUACCGCGAGGGCGUGGGCAUCAUCAUGAACCGUCUCGCUCAGCGCAUAGAGGACAAGUACGGACGCAAGCGACCCGUCAACUUCGAUAAAGAGGAAUACGAGAAAGACAAGGAGCAAAUCCAUCAGUGGAUAUUCCGAGGACAUCACUACUCGGAGAAGGAUGGACCGUCUUUCGUAGAAGUGGUCGAUGUCGGCCUCAUUGACUCGCUCCACAAAUCUAAUGAAGAAAAGAAGUCGAUAAAGGAUAAGCGGGACCCAUCACCGCCGAAUGUAUCCGCGCCUUCAAGACCGCUGUUCAAUAAUUUCUCGGCCGGGGAGGGCGGGGAGGGCGCCGUCCGCAAGAAGCGCACUCGCACGCGACCGCGCUGGCGCCGCACCCCCGCCGCCCCGCCCCCGCCAGGCGAUGUCUUCACCACCCCCCUCACUGACACUAGCGAUGACGACCGUCCGGCGGGGCGGCAGGAGCGGCGCGCGGGCUCGGCGGGCUCGCUGUCCGACAUCAGCGACGACCUCGACACCGAGCGCCGCGACCUCGCCCGCGCCGACAAGCGAGCUCUCAGGGAGCGUUUAGACUCGCACAAGGCCCGCUACGAGCCCUACCCCGACAAGCGCCGCGCGGCCUCGCCCUUCCGCAGCCGCGCGCCGCCUCGCCCCACCACUACUACUGCUGCAUCAACGGAAAAGCAACGGCCUCCUAACUACGAGUACAAGUUGAAGUUGGCCGGUGAGAAGCGUCAGACGGCCGAGGAGUCCGCCAAGAAGACGCUGGCUUACCAUGAGAAGAACCCGGAGAAGCACCCGCUGUACCCUGAGGAGUGGAAGAAGUUCUGGAACCGGCGCUACAAGGAGAUACAGGCUGAAGGCAAAGACCCAUCCAAGCACGACUUCAAGCCGGAAUGGAUAGUGUUCUGGACGGCGCGUAUGAAGGAACUACACGAGGAGGAGUUACGCAUAGAAGUGAACGAGAUCUACAGGCGCAUGUGUUUGUCUCCGCCCGAUAUGAACAAGCGGGCUUCCGAACCGCGUCAGGUGGAGAAACCUAGAGCUCCGGAACUGAGGCGUAAGACCCCUGAAAGACUUCGCCGGGAUCCUGAACCUCGUAGAGAUCCGGAACGCCAUCGUUCUCCGGAACGUCGUCGGUCGUCGGAACGUCGCCGAUCGUCGGAACGUCGGCGCUCGGCCGAACGCCGUCGCCUGGACAGACCCGAUCGUUACCUCGAUCAUCGCGGCCGAGAGCCUCUGCCGAGACGACGCACUCCGCCCGAGUUUAGACGCAUGCGCAGGACUCCGCCGCCACACUACCGUCGCUCCCCGGGCCGGCGUCGCUCAAUAGAUCGUCGGUCACUGGAGCGUCGUUCACUAGAGCGACGUUCCCUGGAGCGUCGCUCGCCGGAGCGGCGCCGCUCGCCGCCGCCGCACAAACGUACACGCUCUAGAAGUCCCGUACACAGACGCAGCCCGGCUCGGACACACAUCGCGCUGGAGGCGGUGAGUCGCGGCAGCCGCAGCCCGCUGUCGCAGCGCGAGGCGCAGCGCAACCGCAGCCCCGAGCCGCGCCCGCCCGCGCGCCAGCCGCCGCCCUCGCUGCAGACCGUGCUCAUCUCCGACGACGAGCUCAAGCCUGACGACGGGCUGUCUCCGUGGAACUCUGACAACGACAUCGACUCGAUAGUGUCGGAGGCGGAGAAGCGCGACCGGUCCCGCGCCGGCAGCGCCGUGUCCCGCGCCUCGCGCCGCAAGCGCACCGCCAGCACGCUCGUGCCGCCCAUCGACGACGUCGCCGCUGAUGAUGUAGUGGCCACGCUCAGGCAACUCGUGGCCUUGGAGGAUUACCUCGGCAGUCUGGGACCGAAGAUCGUUGAUCUGUUGGCAGAUGCACUGAAGAUGGAGAAGGAAAAGCCGAACUCAUCAGAGGAGCUGCUAGAGCGUGAGAGCGCGGUGGUCCUCAUAGAGACGGCCAAGGAGAAGCUGAAGGGCGCCGUGCAGGCGGGGCUGGUCGGCGGCAGCGCGGCCGCGGCGCUGCGGGCCGCUGUGGUGCGGGCUGCUGCCACGCUGCAUGAGGCGGAUAAACGAGCCAGGGCUAGGAAACAGGUUUCAUCCAGCUCUGCGAAACCAGCAGUGGUGCCAGUCGCAGGCGUGGGUGAAGUAGACCGCGCACAGAUAGCACAACAAAUGGCCGAGGCUCUCAUAGCGCAGGGCAAAACGGACGUCUCGUCCGAAGACUUGGCACAACUCGUCGACGCAGUUGUGGGGAUGGCCGAAGCCAAAAAACGAGAAGCUGAGAAGAAUAAGAGGGCGGCAGCGCCACCUGUCGUCGAAAAACCGGCGAAACCAGCGCUAUCUAAGAUGAGCGGCACCGCGUCUGCGCUGCAAAUGUUGCAGUCGGCUUACAAUGAAAAUGAUAAAAAGACGGAGGUAGACGACGUCCCUGAUGUGAUGGACGGCCUCUCAGACUCUGACCUUGAGACGUUGCUGAAGAACUUUAACGAGUUGUCAGCAGAAGAGCAACACAGUCUCAUAGCUUACUUGAAGAAGUUGGAGGCUAAGGAGCCGCAGCGAGUGGAGCGGCUGCGUCAGUAUGUGAGCGAGGCAGCUUCCACUGCCGCUAAGGAACCUGAACCUGAUAAUGAUAAGGAGGAACCAGCUCCUCCCCCCAGCGCAGUCGUCGUGGAGAGCGAUGAUGAUGAUUAUACUGUCGAAGAGGUUUUCCAAUCCGCAACACAGAAAGUAAAGGAAGAUCAAAUACGUCAAGAAAUGGAGAUCGUAAAGAAAUCUUUAGAAGAGUCUAAACCGGAAGAAAUUGUGGUUGAACCGACGACUCUCGAGAAUUCCCUCGCCGACAUAUCGAAGAACUUGUCGUCAGCCAGCGACCUGUUCGCGCUGGUGCAGGCGAGCCUCAAGUCCGCGCCCGCCGCCACCCCCGCGCCGCUCUCUCGCUCCCCCAACGUCGUCGCCAGCACCACUCAGCCCAGGUCUUUCGGAGACCUGCCUGAGCCCACUGUUACUCAAGAACCAGUACAACCACCCUCACAAACUGCCGCGGUUACAUCAGCCUCGAUACUGAAUCAAUUCGUGUCGCAAGGAUCAGGACAGGCCCCAUUCCAAAAUCAGCCAGCAGGCCUGUUACGUCCUCCCGUACGUCACCAGGUGCCAAACCAGCAGCAGAUGCCGCAACAUCAACAGCUACGUCCGCAACAGCAGCAACAACAAAACUAUUCAUCACAGCAGAACCAACAUUAUAAUCAACAGCAAAAUUAUCAACCACAACAUUCAAAUUAUCAACAAAAUAAUCAACAGAACCAGCUUCCACUUCAACACCAACAACAUAAUCAACAAGGUCAGAUGAACCAGCCGCUACUCAACCAGCAGUAUCAACCACAGCAGUAUAACAAUCCGCAGCAUCAGCAACAGUAUCAACAGCCGCAGCAUCAACAACAAAACUAUAAUGACAACAGGAACAAGAAUGAUCACUUCAACCAGGGACAGUGGAACCCGCGCGGGAAUAUGAUGGACAACCGAGGUCCGCCUCUAAGAGGGAAUGCACCCGAUAACUUUGGACCGAAUGCUCCAUACAAUCAAGGACCUAGAAAUAACUUCAUGAAUGGCAGGGGGCAGGAUAAUUACGACACACGGCCUCAGAAUAUGAACCAGCAGUUUAACAACUACGAUAAUAAUCAAAAUAAUUUUAGAGGUCGCGGAGGCGGCAGGGGUCACUUUGGAGGACCCAGAGGUCGUGGUCGGGGGUACUAUUAAUAGUAUUCACAAUGUUUUAGAUUUUACAAGUAACAUUUUGUUAUGAUUACCAUUGCUCAUGCAAUUAGAUUAUAUUAUUCGUCAUUUUAACUAUGGUUUUGACCUGCAUGUAUUUUUAUUCUGUAGAUAAAACUUCCGUCAAUAAAUAAUGAGAGUUUA